ACACAGGCUCGUGUCUGCGACGAGGAGGCUGAAGCUUGAUUCACAUACAGGUGGUUUCCGACCGGACGUCCCGUUUAUGUUUUUCCAGGAACCUAGCCUCGAGCUCCUUUUCAGGCGUCCCGGGAUCAUGACCUGGAAACACCUGUGGACCGGAAAUCCACGCACACUUAACCUGAUGAUCGAUAUGAUGAGAUCUAUAUAAGAUCGAUGUUUCAACUCGCUGCAGUACUUUUACACCAGUAUCCCAUUCAAGUUAGUUAGCGGCAGGUGAAGGGAUGGAAAGUUCGCGGCUUUGCUUUAGCUUUUGCCUCGUGGCUGCGUUUCGAUUGUCCCUUUCACUGGAGCAGAUUCUGGAAGCGCCACUGUCUCUUUUCGACGAUGCCACGCCACAGAAUUAUUCUUUACCAGCUGAGAUAGUUGACGUAGUGUGCAAGGCGAACUGUGACAAAGAUAAUUCAACGGCAAAAGUCCCGAUCCAUCAAGUGCUGAUCAACAAGUUGUGCGAGCAGGCGCGACGUGCGGGUGUGGUCGAUAAAGGCGACUCGGACGGUUGCCAGCCUCCUGUUCCUGACGUCAUGAAACUGCUUACUGACUGCUCCAAGAUAUUCACGUACCUAAACGGUGUAACUGGAAUUCCCAGUGGGCCGUGGCGAAUCAAACCUGACGACAUGGAAACCUCUGUGAAAGUAAGUAGAUCUCAAACUCACAUGACGACUGACCACGGCGGCUGGACAGUCAUACAGAACCGGUUUGACGGCUCACUGAACUUCUACAGACGGUUAUGGGACUACAGGGACGGCUUUGGUGACAUCGAAGGAGAACACUGGCUUGGUCUCAAAGUCCUACACAAGCUCACAGGGGGAGAUACUAACUACGAGCUGCGCAUAGAGAUGCAAGACUGGGACGGAAAUACGGCCUGGGCCAAGUACGACACGUUUAAAAUCGCGGGAGAGAGAGAGAAAUACAGGUUAACUGUCAGUGGCUACCAAGGCAACGCUUCGGACGCCCUCGUUCAUAGCUCCAAGUGUAAAUUCAGCACGAGGCAAGAAGACAACGACUUGAGUGGAGCUCGCAACUGCGCAGAAGAGCAAGGCGGUGGGUGGUGGUAUUGCUUCUGUGAGAGGUCGGGGUCUAACCUGAACGGACCUUACUUCAAACCUGCCCACUAUCGCAAAGAAACACACACGGGCCUGGGCGUGUACUGGAAGGGGUGGAAGACACACUCACGACACCCGCUCAUCAAGGCUACCAGGAUGAUGAUUAGGCCGAGUGGUUUUCUAGAUCAGAUCACAAAGUAAAUGCAGUAAAAAAGAUGUCGUUACCAACCACAUGCAGUCAGAAGUUAUGUAUAUACAGAAUAGUUCAGUCCAGUUUUAAAUACUUACCUUAAGGCCCUUUAUGAAGCAACCAACUGACAGCAACCAUUCGUAGAUAUAUUUCCUGCGACUUAAUGUGCAAAUGGAUAUAUCCUAUGUGUGUGAGCCUUACGUAAUACAUGUACCGACUAUCCGGCCAACAAAUGAUUUGUCUGGAAAAACCACUCCUCUACAGUCACUUGAGUAGUUGUGAGGCCAGCUGGUCUAACAGUAUAUUAAAACUACAACACUGUAACGUUAUACAUUUGUAUUGUGCUUCCUGUAGCGUUGUUACCGUGAACGCGGGCCGUUAAACAGGACACAAUGCGAGAUUGAACCUGAGCCGUAACACGUCGGAUGUAAUGUACUGAGCUGCAUUUUAUGUUCCGUUCGUUAUUUGUGUGAUAGUUACCAACCAUAUUUUGUCUUUGAAAUAUUUAAAGCCUGUUGAGUUAUGUAAUGUCUGUAAUAGGCAAAAUGUAGUAGAUGCAUUAACGUUACUAUCAAUAUCAAAUUUGUUUUCUCUGUGUAAAUGAUUUCAACUAUUGAAAGUUGUAGUUUCCUAGCAGUUUGCAUUUCACAUUUUGUUAUGUUAUUCCUGCGAAUAAAAGUGUUAGUAUAUAGUAGAGUGAAUUCAUUCCUCAAGCUAACCGACAUCUCGCACACACACGCAGUCGUCCCUCAGUAAGACAUCUAGAGCCGCGCAUAGUUCCCGUUUAGAACUUUUAUUCAGUCUGUCACAUUGUUUUAGUUUUGGUUUUGCAACAUAACUUGA